AUGGAAGGUGGUAACCUAUUCAAGUAUAUUUGUAAACGAAACAAGGAGCCAUAUACGGAACGUGAUGCUGCAAGAUAUAUUUGGAUGAUUGUUCAAGCUGUUAAUCAUUUACAUACCAUGAAUAUAGCUCAUCGUGAUUUAAAAGAAGACAAUUUACUCUUAACAAAUGACAGAAAUGAUGCUAUUCUCAAACUUUGUGAUUUCGGAUUUGCUAAAAAAGAUUUUUUGUUUAGAUUUCCAGCAUGUCAUGUUGCACCAGAGAUUCUAGCUCGUGAAAAAUAUGAUAAAGCCUGUGAUAUUUGGUCGAUGGGUGUAAUUAUGUAUAUUCUUCUAUGCGGUUAUCCACCUUUCUAUCCAGAAAGUGAGCAACAGCUUAGUCCUCAUAUAAAAACGAAGACUAGGGCUGGUAGGUAUGAAUUUCCUGAUGCUGAAUGGCGAAAUAUCUCAAACGAAGCAAAAUCGAUUAUUCGACGAAUGCUUACAGUUGAUCCAACAAGUCGUAUUACAAUCGGUGAGAUUCUCACAUCUCCAUGGCUUACUGAAUUGACAUCUGAAAGACCAAUUGAUAUGACUGUAUUGCAAGAUGCUGAAACUCGACAACAAUUACAAGCUGCAGUUGCAUCUGCUACGGAUACUCAACGUCUAACUGAUGAUGAUUUAGGCAUUAAAAUAUCUGCACCAGGCAAAUCACGUAUUGAUAAACGAGCAGCCAAGAAAAAAGAACAGAUGCCUCCUACCGGUGACACUUCUUUUACAUAA